AACGGACCGACCGGCACAACGGCUCAUUCAACGAAUAAUGACAUUUUAAUUCUACAUUUAACUAAAUCUCGUUGUUCUUACUGACAAAAAUAAACUUCGUGUUAUGUAUGAGACUUAUAUUUGUACAGAAGGAGUGGGAUCUGGACAUUAACGCGUUCAUAUUUGGUCCAAUAUGGCGGCGCCAGUUGUGCGGUUCACCACAGACUGAUAUUUGGGAAACAUUUCAACAGAGAUAAUGUUACUAACAGCUGCUCGGUUGUCCAAAGUGCUGCAGCUCACCCUGGCGGUCAUCAAACCAGAUGCUGUAGCUCAUCCUCUAAUGUUACAGGCUCUUCACCAGAAAAUCCUGGAAAAUGACUUUGCAAUUAUUAGAUGCAAAGAUCUUGUGUGGAGGAAACAGGACUCUGAGAGGUUUUAUGCUGAACAUUCAGGAAGGUUCUUCUAUCAAAGACUUGUUGAAUUCAUGUCAAGUGGUCAAAUGCGGGCAUAUAUUUUAGCCCGAGAUGACGCCAUACGACACUGGAGAGAACUGAUGGGACCAACUAAAGUGUUCAGGGCCAGAUACACCUCCCCUUCUUCUAUCAGAGGCCAGUUUGGCCUCACAGACACAAGAAACACAACUCACGGCUCAGAUUCAGUUGAAUCGGCUCAAAGAGAGAUUGCUUUCUUCUUCCCUGAUUUCUGUGUGGAGGAAUGGAUGCAGAAGGAGGAGCCGUUGUUCAGAGGAGGACAGAUCCAGUACGACCAUCAGAAACAGAUCCACACACUUUCAGCACCAAGCUGACCCCAGAGCAGCUCUAACAGUUACUGAUCAAACAAAUAUGCAAUAUGUAAUGUGUGUCUGUUCACCUCAAUUCCUCAAAGUGCCACUAUGUUCAUCCAGUGUAAUUAUUAAAACACGGACAUGCCACAAUGAAUUAAUGUCAUGUAAGACUGUAAACAUUUUGUUUACUUUAUUCUCAUUAGAAAACACAUGGAAUAAAUGUAUAAGAAACACUGUAUUAUACAAAACAACACCAUGUAGCGAGGCCGUGUUUCCAGUUCAACUCCAACUCUCCUCCAGGCUUCACUGUAAAUAGUGCAAUCAGUAUCAUCAGAUUCUGUUUCCUGAGCCUAACUCUUUUUUUUUUUUUCUUUUUUAAAGCAGCAGCAGCUAUGUGUUUAACAUUAGACCAGAACUAAAGUAAAUUUUUUUUUGUCUUGACCAUAUUAAUUAAAAUGUUAGUAUAUUUUAGAUUCUUACUCAUGAAAUCUUAAUGUGCCACAUUUCAAAACUAUGAUGUACAUCCUAUGCUUUCUUAAUUUAUUUUAUCUGAUAAUGUUUUUUGCUGUAAAAUUAAGAAUUUCUCUGAUCUAUAGUUUCACAUGUCAAAAUAGAGCGAAACACUGUAACAGGCACCAUAAAAAUACAUCUUACAGAGUUAAAUACAAUACAGGCUAGUUCAACUUGGAAAAUGAAGAAAUGAGCCACAUCUUUCAGUUUGACGACCUAAGUUUUAGUUCGGUUUAAAGUCUCAGGAAAGUUGGACCUUCGUGUGCUUUCAUCACCCGAGUUGUCCUCACAAAAACACAUUCAGUUUAUUUGAGUCACAUCAUCGUGUGACUUUGGCUUCUUCCACGCUCACCUGCGCUCAAGUGUUCUGCGCCGUCACCUGUUUGAGCGCCUCCACAGGUUUCAUGACCUCGUAUGUGGUGAGUGACUUCUUGACCUUGCCGUUUUUGUCCACCUGAUGGAUGCUCUGUGUCACUGUGAUGGUCACUUGCUUAGUGGACAUCCGAUUGUCCUGCCAUUUUGUCUGUUAAUUCAGAAGAAUAAAACAUGGAACUAAAUGAA